AUGAGUAAGGUAUUUUGGGUUUUAAGCCACAAAUCAGAACCAUCUUUGCCAUCACCAAAAAGAAACAUUACCGUGGAGAUAAAGAGGCCAAGAACGUGGCAAACAGGAAUUGUGAUACAUGUCGCAUUGAGGGCGGUUAGCAAUGGCCAUCUAAACUAUGAUACGGUCAGAGAGAUGGAGUACAUGCUUCUAUACCAUGAUUUUGAUUUUGAUUUGGUGAUGGAAAUUAUCGAGGAGACCUCUGACUUUGUGGCACGCACUAUACCGACUAUCGAAGACCCCACAUGUACAGAUCUUGAUAUUUUUGUUAAAAUAUCUGAUCAAAACCCAGACUCAUUGCAGAGGAUAACCCUAACCAAACUUUGUGUAAACCGAAGAGGGCCCCUCACUACCGAAGAGGAUGAUAUUUGCCCUAUUUGCUGCGAAAAGUUCGGUACGGGAGGAGAGAUCAACUCUUUAGAUUGUUUUCAUUCCUACCAUCGUCAUUGCAUUUUGAAAUGGGCUAAAACAAACUUAACAUGUCCAUAUUGCAGGCCAAAUCUUGUUUAG